AUGCAAGUAAAGGUCAAGACCUUGACUGGAAGAGACAUCCCAGUGGAUGUCGAGUCAUCUGACAAAGUUAUUCGCAUUAAGGAAAUGAUGGAGGAAAAAGAAGGCAUUCCUCCUGCACAACAAAGAUUGAUCUUCAACGGCUCUCAGUUGAACGACGAGAUCACCAUCGAAGAGUCGGGGAUUCAGGCUGGCGCCUCGUUGCAUUUAGUUUUGACCCUAAGAGGAGGCUGCUGA